CGUCAAAAUAUUAAAGAACGAAACGAGCACACGAGUGAGCACUAACAGUUGUUACGAAUGAGUCACCAGUGAACCAUCGCCGAAUGUUCGAUCUCCUCCCUUCACUAAUAAAAUUAUUAAUAAUUGUUAUUCGUGAGCGAGUGCACGAAGUCGCUGUGAUUUUGAAUAACAAUCAUGGAUUAACUAUUGCGCAAGUCAUUGCAUCGAUCACGAGGCGCAUUUCCACAGUUGAAUAACACCCGCUCUUUUCCACUUUUUUUUUCGUUUUAUUUACACGUCGAAUGUUGAACAGUGAAUCAUUGAAAUCUGGUGGUGUCAACAGCCGGGACAUGAGACAGGAGAAAGGGCCCAGGUUUAGUGUUUCGGGGGCCUCUUGUGGGGCUCAUUAGUGGAGGUAAUUAAAUUGUUCUGUGAUUGUUGGUGGACUGGGCCGUUGUGACGACAGUGCGCGGGGGGAUUAUUAGUUUUUCAUUGUUUCUAUGGAAGACGAGAUACAGCUGGUGUCAAACGUCACACAUGAGAGCUAAGACUGCCGACGAAUUCACGGGUUUUUUGAGGAUUGUUCAUAAUAAUUGGACUAAUUGCGGGGAACUAACCUCAAAGUUCCAGUGACUGUGGACAUUCCAGUGAGAUCUCGAGGAGUAAAUCCCCGUAAUAUUAAUGGAUGGCGAGGAAGAUUAUGUAUCGCAAAAUGGGCCAAAAAUCAAAAUGGACCAGAAGGCAUUUGUUAUUGGGUCACAAGCGGAGACUGGGUCUGAGAGCGAGUGGGAGAGGGUCUAUAACGACGAGACAGACCUCGGUGACAUGACCUUCUCAAUGACCAAUUACAUCAGCGAAGCCAUGAAGAUGAUGUUCAUUAUGAGGAGCCACCACAUGCUGACUGACGUCAUCCUGGAGGUGGGAUCCGAGCUCUUCCAUGCCCACAAAGUCAUCCUGGCAGCUGCUAGUCCAUACUUUAAGGCGAUGUUCACAGGAGGCUUAAAGGAAUGUGAAAUGACUAGGGUGAAACUUCAGGGUGUCUGUCCAACGGCAAUGGCCAGGCUCAUGUUCUUCAUGUACACGGGACAGAUAAGAGUCACUGAAGUCACUGUUUGUUCUCUUCUCCCUGCAGCUACAAUGUUCCAGGUGAACAAUGUAAUAGAGGCCUGCUGCGUAUUCCUAGAAAAACAGUUGGACCCAACAAAUGCCAUUGGAAUUGCAAAUUUCGCUGAACAGCACGGCUGUUACAAUCUCCACCGCAAGGCAAAUCAAUUCAUUAUCCAGCACUUCAGUAGAAUAUGCCAGGAGGAGGAGUUCCUCCAAUUAUCAGCGAUGCAGCUGAUAUCCCUCGUGCGAAAGGACGAGCUGAAUGUCCAGGAGGAGCGAGAGGUCUACAAUGCUGUGCUCAAGUGGGUGAAGUACAACGAGGAUGCUAGAGGCUCGAAGAUGGAGCACAUACUGCACGCUGUGAGGUGUCAGUACUUGACGCCGAGCUUUCUCAGGGAGCAGAUGAAGAAUUGCGAUGUUCUCAAGAAGGUUCCCGCCUGCAGGGAGUACCUCGCCCAGAUAUUCAAGGAUCUCACGUUGCAUAAGAAGCCGGUAGUCAAGGAGAGGACUCCCAACACUCCCAGGGUGAUUUAUAUCGCCGGGGGAUUCUUGAAACACUCUUUGGACACUCUGGAGGGGUACAAUGUCGACGACAAGACGUGGACCCAACUCGCCAAGCUCAUUGUACCCAGGUCCGGUCUUGGUGGGGCUUUUCUCAAGGGAAUGUUCUAUGCUGUGGGCGGGAGGAAUAACUCACCUGGGAGCAGGCUCGCUCCUUGCGAUAACAGGUAUGACAGCGACUGGGUUGACAGGUACAAUCCAGUGAAUGACCAGUGGCGACCAUGUGCACCAAUGUCAGUUCCAAGGAAUCGUGUGGGUGUUGCUGUUAUGGAUGGACUUCUUUACGCUGUGGGAGGGUGCUCGGGGACACUGUACCAUAAUAGUGUGGAGUGUUAUGAUCCCGAAACAGAUACUUGGAGUAAUAUUAAACCUAUGCAUGUUAAGAGGCUCGGCGUGGGUGUGGCAGUGGUCAACAGGCUGCUGUAUGCAAUCGGUGGAUACGACGGCACCAACAGACUAAACUCGGUUGAAUGUUAUCACCCUGAGAAUGACGAAUGGACGAUGGUUGCACCCAUGAGAGGACAUCGAUCGGGCGCAGGUGUGGCCAGUUUAGGACAGUAUAUUUACGUUGUUGGGGGGUAUGAUGGAGCUGGCCAAUUGAAUGGCGUUGAGAGAUAUGAUACUGAGACUGAUUGCUGGAAGUCUGUCAGCAGUGUUUCGAUAGCACGCAGUGCACUCAGUGUUACUGUUUUGGAUGGAAAAUUAUAUGCUAUGGGUGGCUACGAUGGCACGACAUUCCUUAGUAUUGUAGAAAUAUACGAUCCUGCAACUGACAAAUGGGAGCAAGGUGCACCCAUGACAUCAGGUAGAUCAGGACACGCAAGUGCAGUAUCCUAUCAUCAUUGUCCGAUAAAUUGCGAUCACUGGGACCUCAGUAUUGGGCCAGAACGAGCACCCUCGUGAUACUCCAAUUACAUUGUCAAGCAUUACCGAAAGCGCGUACGUGAGUGAGCUGUGCUCUCCAAAAAAUCUGAUGAAUACAUAUGCAUGAUUUUUAUUUUUUCAUUGAGGCGAGAGUGAAGUCAUUUUACUUCACUCGAAGAUAUGAAUUAUAAGUUUUUAUUCUCGACGAGGUUCUCGUUGCGUCCACUACAGUAGAAUAAUUUUUUAUGAAAUUACAUUAGUUAUUAUGAUUGUGUGAAAUCAUGUACAUAAAGAUGUUAGAGACAAAUUUUCAAUUUACAAAGUGGUUGAGUUUUUUUUAUGAAGAAUUAUGGAGAUGUUGGCAAUCGUGACAAAAGGUGAACCCCUGUCUGACUAUAACAGUCAGAAAUAAUGAUCACGUAAAGAGAAAGAAACCCUUCCACUUCCCAUUGAAGAAUAAAUUUAGACUAUCCAUUUUA